ACGGAGGGGAGAGGUAGGGAGCACAAAGAGAGGGACAGAGGGGAGGAGGACUGUAACUCCGCCUCCGGACUCGAUCAUCUCACAUUCCUUAUUCACAGCCCCUCACGUUAGAGAAUAAAGAGAAAGAGAGACGAAGGGCACACGAUUAAGGAGAGCAAAACGACCAUGGCAAUAUUCAAAACGUCUGAGCUUGACAUAUCUGAUCAUAGCGCAUCUCUAAAGUCGACUUGGGCAUGGAGCACUCGCACCAUACACAGAGUUCAGCAGCUGAAUGACGUUGCACCUGAGGACAAAAUGAGGGUGAUCUUCAUCCAGAACGCCGGUUUCGUCGCUGCUUUCUCGGGAGGGAAUGACGCUGAAGGUUUCGCCUGUUAGUUUAGAGUUAACGAUGUUGGCAGCACUUUCACGGUAGAUUAUGUGAACGACCCAGAAUAAACGAAAGACUGCGAGAUAGAUAAUGCCAGUUACUACACGGAUAACGAGAAUAGAAUAGCCCGAUGUUUUAAUUAACCUAAAUAUGUUUUCUUUUUGGAUUGCUCAAUUUUGAGCACCAUUGUCCAUACCCGAGGAGACAUCAAUCGAAAGUGGAUUCAGCUUCUGACAUGCAUUGGUCUGUCGAAUUCUGAAUACAUAUUCAGAGGACUGUUGCCCUAGAAUAUACCUUUAUAGUUAGACAUACAUAAUAUACAUUACAUUAUGUAUCAGACGCGUCAAGAUAGAUGAUGUCUCCUUUGUAAUAUUUAGCUUUUAUUUAAUCAUAUAAUAAUGACUCACUCUUAUAAGGCAACAAAUGGAUGAAUAGAUGUGGAGAGAAUUCUUUGAUCAGAAAAAAAUGAACAAAGGCCGUGAUCAUUAGACAAUCGGAAUAAUGUAUAUGUUUAUUAAUAUAAUAUUUACGCAUUGUUCCUUGUAAUUUAUUGUAUUUAUUACGACUAUUAUUAGGCCUAUAAUAAAGUAUUACUAUAAUAUCAAUAUUUGUAAAAUAUAGCUUAGUUUAAUAUCUUUAUCUUCGGGAAGUUAGUUUGAAUACUUCCCUAGAGAAGAUGGAUACAGCUUUUCUCUCGGCCCACCGAGGGCUGACCCGUCCUGAGUCCAAACAAACCCUCACCUCAUCGGGGAAACCAUCUGGCGGUGACCUGUCCCCUCCACCGCUACCUGUCGGUCAUUCAAUGGCAGAGACACCGGCAGCUGGCGAUGGCAGCAGGAGAAAUUCAGGCUUCAAGAAACACCACCACAAGCAUAACCUGAAACAUCGCUACGAAUUGCUCGAGACUUUAGGAAGAGGGACCUAUGGCAAAGUAAAGAAGGCAAUUGAACGGCACUCAGGGAGAGAGGUGGCUAUCAAGUCCAUCCGGAAGGAGAAGAUCAAGGAUGAUCAGGAUAUGGUUCACAUCCGCAGGGAGAUAGAGAUCAUGUCAUCCCUAAAACACCCCCACAUCAUCUCUAUUAAUGAAGUGUUUGAGAACAAGGACAAGAUCGUGAUCGUGAUGGAGUAUGCAAGUAAGGGUGAGCUGUAUGACUAUAUCAGUGAGCGCCGGCGCCUGAGCGAGAGAGAGACGCGACACUUCUUCAGGCAGAUAGUCUCUGCCGUGCACCACUGUCACAAGAAUGGGGUGGUGCACAGGGAUUUGAAACUGGAAAAUGUGCUGCUGGAUGAAAACUGUAACAUUAAGAUUGCUGACUUUGGACUGUCCAACCUCUACCACAAGGACAAACUGCUGCAGACUUUCUGUGGCAGCCCACUCUAUGCAUCACCGGAGAUAGUCAAUGGAAGACCUUACUGCGGCCCAGAGGUGGACAGCUGGGCUCUGGGGGUGCUCCUAUACACCCUGGUCUAUGGGACCAUGCCGUUCGAUGGAGGAGACCACAAGAACCUCAUCCGCCAGAUCAGCAACGGAGAGUACAGAGAGCCCACCCAGUCCUCAGAUGCCCGUGGUCUGAUCCGCUGGAUGUUGAUGGUGAACCCAGAGCGGCGGGCAACGGUGGAAGACAUCGCCAACCACUGGUGGGUCAACUGGGGCUGGAAGAGCAGCGUGUGCGACUGCGAGACCCAGCGGGACAAUGGCACCUCCUCUCCCAUGCUUGCCCGCUUCAUUGACUGGCAGAACCGCACAGAGCCCUGGCCGGGUAAACCCACCGCCCUGCUGCCCCUGGUCCUCCGCCAGCGCCCCAAGAAGUCCAAGAAAGAGAACGAGGUGGGAGAUGGGCCCCACGGUGGAGGGGAGGGGGAGAAGCCCGGGCUGAAGAGGCCCAAGGGGAUCCUGAAGACCCGGCUGAUGGAGAAGCAGCAUUCGCCCAGCCUGGAGGAGGUGGAGCUGGGGAGUGGUGGAGCGAUGAUGGGCCUCAGGCCAGCCGAGGGAGAACCAGGCUGCUCUAGCCCCGACAGAGAGGAGGAAGAGGAGGAGCCCGCCCUGGCAGGGGGCUCGCCGGCCAAGAUGGUGCCCACCCUUCCCAGGAAGGGCAUCCUGAAGAACAACCAACAACGGGAAUCAGGGUACUACUCCUCCCCGGAGCGCAGUGAGUCCUCCGAGCUGCUAGUGGGUGCCACCAUGUCCCUGGUUGCUGCCUGCAGCUCCCCGCCCAGGAGAGUGGUGGGGAGGAAGGGCAUCUUGAAGCGCAACGGGAAGUAUUCCACCUACAGCGGCCCUCCCUCAGCUGGUGCUCUCGGGGACCCCUCCCAGGGCGACUCUGGCCUGUCCCGUAGCCAGAGCCGUCCAUCUAGCAUGGUGUUGGAGGAUGGCGUCAUAUCCCCCAGGCUGUCCCCCGACUGGCCCCCCACCGCCCCCCACCGCCCCAACAUCAGGGCUUGUGUGUCAGCCGAAAACCUGCUGCAGCUGGCCAGUUUCAAGGGCUUCCAGGCAGCCCCUCUGCUCCACGGGUCAAAGUUCAGCCGGACCCCCAGACUGCGGGGGUCCCCGGGGGACAAUGGCAGCUUCUCCCUGCUGGGGGACCUGGACGACAUGACUCAGGUGUACCAGCAAGCCCUGGACAUCAGCAGCAACCUCACCUAGCCGAGGAGGGGAUAGAGGAGGCAGCCAGGUGGCCAGGCUGAGGCUGUAACAUCUGUCUCUGUUGGUGUGUGUGUGUCUGUGUGUACAUGUAUGUGUAUGUCAUUGACGACCAGUGACCCGUAUGUUGCUGAGAUAGCCUACCUAAACCUUUUGGAAGGUUAUAGUUUUCUCACUGGGGUUCAAAUCCUUGUUGGAAACUAUAUUAUACACACACUCAUACAUACAAUACAUGACUGUUAUGCACUUCUCAGGCCAAAGGACAUUCAGUUAGCAGGGUUUUCAAACGACGUGAGUGGAGUAAAUAAACAACUGGCAUGAGAAAAUGCCGCCCAGCCUUCCUCCUCCAUCCGCCCGUAGACUUUGCUGUGUUCAAAUGUUUACAUGUUCAGCAAAAGGCAAGUUAGAAUCACAUACGCAGCAACCAGAAACUGGUUGGCUCUCGAAGCGAACCAUGAAUUGAGUUUGAGUUUACAAAAGCACCUUAAAACUCACACAGAGCACAUGUUUUUGUGAUCUUUUACUUCAUGUAAAAAACAAACCAGGGUCUUGCUCCAUAAUAACUGACGAUGUUAACUAUUUAUUAAUAUUUGCGUAGAUUUGGUAUGAAUACAAAACUGAUGGGUUCUGGCAGUACUGGAAUAGUCCAAAGCUCAAUGUCUCCAACCCUUUGUGUGGAUUGUGGAACUGACAUAUAUAAUUGUUAUGUUACCCAAGGAAGUGAAACAUGUAUACAUGAUCUAUUAAUAUGGCUGCAUAUGUAAAAAAUGUGGCUAUGUAUAUCACCAUAAAAGCGUAUGUCCUAUAUAUGAGCAUAUGAUAUUAAGGAAUAUGUAGGAAGUGCCUUUUAGGAUCUAAAUUAAAUUAUGUAAGUCAUUUCCUGAAAGUGGAGUAGGAUGGAUGCAGGCCAACCUGUCACCAUUUGUGCUAUUUUGAUUCUUAUUCAUGUGAAUGUGGUGAGAGAGAGAGAGACCCAGGACCUUAAUGGAACACACUGUGGUCUAUUGCAUUACAUAGUCACAGGUCAGGGGUCACACAAUGGCCUAUAGCCUUACACAGCCACAGGUCAGGGGUCACACAAUGGCCUAUAGCCUUACACAGUCACAGGUCAGGGGUCACACAGACAUUAAACAGCAGUUGAGAUGAAACAGUCCCGUCUCCAUCCCAAAAUACACACUGUCAGGAACAAGAACCAAGCCCAGAGAGAUGACAGAGUCUUAAACAACACAAGGCCUGGUCAGGCCAGCUCGAGGGGUCUGGAGCUGCUCACCUUAGAAGGUAGAUAGCCCAGACACCCUCUCAUAGGCCCGGAAUGUUCCUGGCAAAUAAACAGCCAUGUCUGUGGUUGUUUUGUCUGUAUGCCUGUCGUGCAGUGCUGGAGUUGCCUCUGCUGAGGCCUUCUCACUCAAUUGGCAUAACUUGGCUACAGAGUCCUACCAGCUGGAAAUGGCAGAGAAACCCUACAAGUCGUGUACACAAUGCUCAGGUUGUUAUCUGUGGAUAUUGUUAUAGCCUAGUUUAAUUUGUUUAAACCAUCCCCCUUCAACUCCACAAAGGGCUUAGUAGAAGGAUUUGUUUCAGUGCUCUGAUGACACUGCACAUUCCACAGACAAUGGCUGGAGACGUGUUGGUGCGGGAGAUGUUAUCCGCACCAGUCAGGUGGGUUCUGUGGUCUGUGCUGUCAGGUUUCCAGCUGUGUGUACAGGGCCAUUUUGUCAAAUAAGCACCAUUAGCCAGCUAUUGUUUUUAUUAGAGGGAGGUAUAGUGUAGUAGAGAGAAACAUAAUAAUGGUAGAGAGUAGUAGAGAUUUUAGAGGGAAACAAGUGUUUGAGUGAAAGAGAAUGUUCUCAGUGAAGGUGAGAUUUGUGAAGCCUUUCCUGUCGGAAAGGGUGAAAGAGUUGAGUUGCUGAGUUGAAGGAAACAGAGAUGUAGACUAGAGAAAGUAACAGAGAAAGUGAGUUCUGAGUAGAAAGAAAGGAAAUGGAAAGUGUUUUAUUUAAUGUUUUACCAAAUAUGAGAAGAAGCUUCAUUGAUGCAGGGGGUGAAAUGGAUUGGGUACUGUAUGUGCCCCUGGAACCUUUAUGAUAGCUGGGAAACCCCAUCUGAAAAUUAAUUUAUUUUUGCAACAAUAAUAGCCUGACAGGCUUUUAUUAUGCUGUCACUUUUUUGUUAAGAGAUUGUUUUAGGCCAAAAGCUAGAGGCUGGCAAAGCAACUUGUGUCAUGGGCUGAGUGUGUUCUAUGGAGUGUGUUUAGAAUGGCCUUUUAAACUGGGAUGGAGAGGGAGAUCUGUGACUGAUACAUUGAUUAUACUGUAUCAUCAGAAUAUGUGUAUGGAAAACCAUAGCAACCCCCAAGCAACAGAAUUAACAUGUUGAAUGAUUUCAAAGGUCCGCUAGUGCAAAGUUCUGGUUAUUGAUUGAAACGACAGACCCGUUCUGUAUUAUAUUGCAUUUUAUUGCCCUUUGUAUUGCCUUUUAUUGUCAACUGGAUUUACAGUGAUGAAAUUAUACUAUGUUAGUAUUUUGUUUUAUUACGCUUCUGUUUUUGAUUCUCCAAAAUAUAGAAACUUUAUAUUGCUUUAUGUUAUGGCAGAAAGUAUUUCUUCCCUGAGUUUGGCCGUAAGAGAUCAGGGGACUGAUCUGAUGUCAGUGAGAUCUCAGUGUUUCCCCUGUUUUUGGUACACCUGAGGGGUCAGAGCAGCUGACCUGAGUUCAGCCAUGUUGCCGAGUGUUUACCUGUGAACUUACAUCAAAUCAAGAGUCAACUUACUAAUACAGCCUGGUGGCCCAACCCCAGAGAACAGGGCAUUUAAACCUACCCCCUCCCAAAGAAAGAGGUGCCCAUUGAUAAACCCAAAGGGGAAAUCCAUGGGUUGUUAUUAUGACAGUAAUCUUUCUAAAAUGCUAACACAUAUUGGGCAACACAGAGAUAAACACGUACAUGUAUGUGCCAUCACAUUGACAACCCCUUGUUUGAUCCCAAAGAAGUAGUCAGAGUCCAUCUGUACCAAAGCAAGGAGAUCCGAAACGAAGGAAUGACAUCAGGAGAAAACAAUGGAGAAAAUCUGAUUAAACUUUCUAUCUGCCAAACUGGAAAUAACUGGUGCAUAUACAUUAGUUAGUAGCAGAAAGUCUAAGCAUAGGAAAACUUGACUGGAUAUUGUUAUUAAGACAGUAAUAAUAGUAUUAUUAUGUUAUUUAAGUAUUAUUUUUGUUGGCUAUUGCCACGGUUAUGAUUUUGUUUUGGUAUCAGUUGAUGAACCUGGACCGCUAAGGUGGUUUAAGUGGCGUUGCUAUCUUUUAUGAUCAUGUUUAAUUUUAUGAUAAUGAGAAUUAUUAUCAAGGUGUUUUUUAUACUUGUAUUUAUUGGUGAUAAAGCCAUUUUCAUUUGACGUAUAAAGUUACUCUGUUCAUGAUUUGGCCUGCUUGUGGGUGUGUUGACUGCAUAAAUGGCCUGCUUGUGGGUGUGUUGACUGCAUAAAUGGCCUGCUUGUGGGUGUGUUGACUGCAUAAAUGGAGAGAUAUCAUUGUUUCAAUGCGUAUAGCAUUGAGGGAGUGAAGAUGACAUUUCAUUGUGAAAGUGUUGGUCAAUAUAACAUGGUCAAGUAUACCAAUCAGAUUUCAUCAUAUAUGACUAUGUCUUAAGAAAUGUUCUUGGAAGGAACCAAACGUCAUUGAUCCCUCUACUUCAAACCAUGCUUCUGUAGUACUGGACCAAGUCAAAUAAAUGGAUCACGUUAAAGAA